AUUGCAGUUCAGUCUUGUCGUGGAUGCAGCGCGGAUCGAUAACGGAGCCAAGAGCAGCGGAAGGCGCUGCUUAGCAAAUUUCGACACACAAAAUUUUUGUAUCCCUCAAAAUUGAACCGAAAAAUCAGCAAAAAUAAAUUCAACCCACUGAAACAAAAUCGCGUCGUACUAUUUGCCAGUUCGAAAUGGUUACAUAAAGUAAAAACGACAAAAAAUAUCAUUCGAAUUCGACGAUAUAAAUUGUGUAAUUGAAAAAAUCCAAGUGUGUGCAAUCAAUAGUUCAAUCGAUACGCAUAAAUAACUGAUUAGCUUGCUGCGGAAUCGAAUAAAGUUAAGCGCCCGUUUUGGGGGCAUUCAAUGUGAGGUGCUUAGAAAAAUUUUCGCCUACAUUCGCGACAUGCAGUGAAAAUUUUUUCCGAUUUUUAGUAUGUACAUGUACGUUGGAGCGCUCGUGGGCGCCACAACCUCGGGUGGCAGGGGUAUCCGGCAAGCUUUCGGCCAAAUCAUAACCCCCAGUGUCCGUAGUACAGCCGUCGCGGUCGGAACAACGAUGGUCUGACCCAAUAUCAUUGUAAAAUAUGUACCCGUUAUUAAUUACUUUGCCAAACAUUAUGCAAAUCAAGUGUACGAAAUGCCAAAAACUCAAAGUGCUCAGCAUUAAGGACCAAAAAACCAGGCGAAAUCACAAGCAAUAAUCGGUGCAGUCCCGUUAACAGACCACAAAUACCGUUAACAGUCGCAGCCAACUUUGCUUGGCCGAGCUUUUGCUCUCGCGUUCUCUCACGCUCUCCUUCGGCAAGCGCGGAUAAAACGGAUUCCCGAGUAAACACCAAUACAAGGACACGCGAAAAGCUCGCGCUCAAGGACUGGAAUACGCGACAGGAGAUAAAGGGAGAUAGAAAGAGAGAGAGAGAUAGAAGGAGAAAGAGACACUUUACGUUUACGCGCGCAACGUGCGUAGGUGCCUCUGUGUGGGUGAGCCCGAGUGCCCGUGCGUGUGAAUGAAGGCGCCACAUAGUGCAACAUAUCAGGAUAACUAUGCUCCUGCGGCCAUGACAGCCAUGACACGGCCGAACAUGGACAGGGAUCAGCAGCGAAAUCGAAAUCCGGCAGAGCUAAGGCUCCUGCCCGCCCAGCGCAGCAGCUGUCAUGCCUCAACCUCCACCUCCGCCUUCGAAUCCCCGGACUUGCGGUUCAACAAGGCUCGCCGACGGCGGAGAAACGAGCAAGUGCCUCCCGUAUUCGUAGAAUACCGGCGAUCGUACCGUGUGCUCAUCGUCAGCGCUCUGCUGGUCAGUUUAGCGGCCAGUUUUGUAACCCUCAGUGCCGGGUUCCAACUGGAUGGUUCCCAGAACUCCUUCUACACUUUUCGAAAGUGGUAUACCGGACUGAAUGGUACCCUUGAACUGGAGUUUAAAACGGAACAGCCCAACGGAUUGGUUCUCUACACUGAUGACGGUGGCACCUAUGACUUCUUCGAAUUGAAGUUGGUGGAAGGAGCCCUUCGGUUGAGAUAUAAUCUAGGCGGAGGAGCCCAGAUCAUCACCGUGGGUCGUGAACUGCAUGAUGGCCAUUGGCACAAGGUGCAGGUCCUGCGAAAUGAUGAGCAGACCUCACUCAUCGUGGACGGGGUUUCGCAGCAGCGUUCAACUAAGGGCAAAGAGUUCCAGUUCGGCAAGUUCGCCAGCAACUCGGAUGUCUAUGUGGGGGGAAUGCCCAACUGGUACAGCACCAAGCUGGCGUUGCUUGCCUUGCCCAGUGUGAUCUUUGAACCUCGUUUCCGAGGUGCCAUCCGGAACUUGGUCUAUGCGGACCAGCCAGGCGGAUCUACCAGACGCCAGGAAAUCAAGCAGCAGCGCGACAUAAAGUGUGGUGAUGUGCCUUGCGACCACGGAGAGCUGCCUGCUCGUGAGAGGCCUCUUAGGGGCGUUCGGGGCAACACAACCGAUGCCUGCGAACGGAACGAUCCGUGCCAGCACGGCGGCAUAUGUAUAUCCACUGAUUCCGGUCCAAUUUGCGAGUGUCGAAACCUCGAGUACGAUGGCCAGUAUUGUGAGAAGGAGAAGGCGCCAUCGGAAGCAACGUUCCGCGGUACACAGUUCCUCUCAUACGACUUGGGCCAGACGGGCGCCGAGCCGAUAGUGAGUGCCCAGGAUGCCAUAUCCUUUUACUUUCGCACCCGCCAGCCGAACGGCUUGCUCUUCUACACGGGCCAUGGCACCGACUAUCUGAAUCUGGCACUACGGGAUGGUGGCGUCUCAUUAACCAUGGGAUUGGCCAAUGGCAAGCAGGAGAUGCACAUAAAACCAUCAAAAGUGCGCUUCGACGACCACCAGUGGCACAAGGUCACCGUGCAUCGUCGCAUUCAGGAAAUCUCCUCCAUCACCAGCUUUUGCCGGCUGGUUACUGUGGUGGACGAUGUCUAUACGGAUCACUCUCACAUUGCUGGCAAGUUCACCAUGCUCUCCUCCUCGCGGGUUUAUGUUGGUGGUGCUGUAAACCCAAGGGCUCUCUUGGGUGCCCGUGUCCACACGAACUUCGUGGGUUGCCUGCGUAAAGUGGAGUUCUCUGCGGAUACGCUGAAUCUAAACCUCAUAGACCUGGCCAAGAGCGGCUCCAAGUUGAUCCAGGUGGCAGGCAACCUCGAGUACCAGUGCCCCAGUGGUGAUCCACAAGAUCCCGUGACCUUCACCACUCGCGAAUCACAUUUGGUGCUGCCUCCUUGGGAAACCGGAAAGCAGAGUUCUAUUAGCUUCAAGUUCCGUACCAAGGAACCGAAUGGCAUUAUUGUCCUGGCCACAGGAUCCAAGCAACCAAGGGCCAAAAACCCCGUUUUGAUUGCAAUUGAACUGCUGAAUGGUCACAUCUACAUCCAUUUGGACCUGGGAUCCGGAGCCUCCAAGGUGAGAGCCUCACGGCGUCGCGUGGACGAUGGCGACUGGCAUGACCUGAUUCUCCGGCGGAAUGGACGAGACGCCAAGGUGAGCGUGGACGGGGUGUGGAACGACUUCCGGACGCCCGGCGACGGCACCAUCCUCGAGCUGGACGGGCACAUGUACCUGGGCGGUGUGGGACCCGCCUACAAUAGCGUGGCCUGGCCGGCGGCCAUUUGGACGGCCACGCUGCGCCAGGGAUUUGUAGGCUGUUUGCGUGACCUGGUGCUGAGUGGCAAGGCGAUCGAUAUAGCGGCAUUUGCACGCGUCCAGGAUUCGGCCUCCGUGAAGCCAUCAUGCCAUGUGCAGGCCAACGUCUGCAACGGUAAUCCUUGCCUAAACGGUGGAACCUGCUUGGAGGGUUGGAACCGGCCCAUCUGUGACUGCUCUGCAACCUUAUAUGGAGGACCCACCUGCGGAAGAGAACUGGCUACGCUGGCCUUUAACGGUAGCCAGCACAUGACCAUUUGGUUGGGCAACGGUCAGGGCACCAAGACGCAGACCGAGGAACUGGUCAUUCGGUUCAAGACUUCGCGUCCAGCCGGACUUCUGCUGUUGACCAGCGCGGAGUCCAACUCUCCGGAUCGUCUGGAGAUUGCUCUAGUGGCGGGAAGGGUGCGAGCCAGUGUCCGACUGAGCGACCGCGAAAAGAACCUGCUGGCCGGCCAGUCGGUACUCAACGACAACAACUGGCACACCAUUCGCUUCUCGCGCAGAGCCUCCAAUCUGCGGCUACAAGUUGACGGGGCUCCCCCCGUCAGGGGUAUGUUAUCCGAAACGAUUCUGGGUCGUCAUAGUACCAUGGAGAUCCGUUCGAUUCACCUGGGCGGUCUGUUCCAUGCCGAGGAGGAGAUCCAGAUGACCUCCACCAUGCCUAACUUUGUGGGUCAGAUGCAGGGCUUGGUGUUCAAUGGGCAGCGCUAUUUGGACAUAGUCAAGAGCCUGGGUCCGGAGCUUUCAGCUCUGCCCAGUGCCACCUUCAAGUUGACGGCCCGCUUUGUGAACUCUCCGGCAGGGCAACCCUACCAUGCGGCCACCUUCCGCUCCAAGCACUCCUAUGUCGGCUUGGGCAUGUUGAAGGCCUACAACAGCAUUUCCAUUGACUUCCGCUUCAAGACCGUGGAGCCCAAUGGUUUGCUCGUCUUUAAUGGCGGACGACGUAACGAUUUCGUGGCAGUCGAACUGGUGAAUGGUCACAUACACUAUACCUUCGACUUGGGUGAUGGUCCGGUGACCAUGAGGGACAAGUCCCGCAUCCACAUGAACGAUAACCGCUGGCAUCAAGUCAGCAUUAGGCGCCCAGGACCCAAAACGCACACUCUCACCGUGGACGAUUCCUUUGAGAUCAUUAGUCUUACUGGAAAUAAUAUGCACUUGGAGCUGGCUGGUAUCCUGUACAUAGGAGGCGUCUUCAAGGACAUGUAUUCCAAGCUGCCGGCUUCGAUCUCUUCGCGGUCUGGUUUCGAGGGCUGUCUAGCCUCCCUGGAUCUGGGCGAUGCCUCUCCCUCGCUGACUAGCGAUGCAGUGGUUCCCAGUUCCCUGGUGGUCAGUGGCUGCGAGGGACCGACCAAGUGCAGCCAGAAUGCGUGUGCCAAUAGAGGAAACUGUGUGCAGCAAUGGAAUGCUUAUGCCUGUGAAUGUGACAUGACCUCUUACACGGGACCGACCUGUUAUGAUGAAUCCAUUGCCUAUGAGUUUGGUAACAACAAGGGCAUGGUGCAGUACACCUUCCCUGAAAAUGCACAGGCUGACACCGAGGAGGAUAAUAUAGCCAUGGGCUUUAUAACCACCAGACCGGAUGCAGUGCUCCUUCGGGUAGAGAGUGCCACCACGCAGGACUAUAUGGAACUGGAGAUCGUGGAGGGUAACAUCUUUAUGGUGUACAACAUCGGCAGUGUGGACUUGCCACUGGGUGAGAUUGGGACGAAAGUGAACGAUAACGCCUACCAUGUGGUGAGGUUCCAGCGGAAGGGAGGCAAUGCAACGCUUCAACUGGACGACUACAAUGUACAGGCACUGACGCCGCAGAGCCAUCAUUCGACCGUGUUCAAUACCAUGUCAAAUGUUCAGGUCGGCGGCAAGUUCAGCCGGAACGGUCGCAAUCGAAUCGAGCGACCGUUCGCUGGCGUUAUUGCCGGACUGUCGGUGAACAAGUUACGCAUCUUGGACUUGGCCGUCGAACGCGACCCCCAUAUCACCAUCCGUGGAGAUGUUCAAUUGGUAACUGGAGUAUUAGAUAGAAAUGAUCUGCAGAGAAUGCAGCAGACGCCGGCGAGUGGUUAUCCGGGUGCGCUGGACGAUUUGAUCUUCUCGGGAGCCGGAUCCGGAUGUCGUGGCGAUGACGAGGACGAAUGUACGCCGCCAUUCGAAUCGGGAAGCGGGGAUGAUCUAAUAACGCCUGUAUAUGUGCCGCCCACCAAGCAGACAACCACCUCCCAGCAAGGGAAUAAUUUGAGUACCGGCGGGAAUAACAGUGGCGGUGUCAUCACCAAUGGCACAGAAAGGGCCUGCGAUGAUGAGGACUGCGUCCAUGGAUCUGGAGACUAUGGGGAGACCACGGAGCAGUUCACCUCGACGAGCACGGCCAGGGGCUCAGAGUCCAACAAUGAGAUGGUCACGAUAACCACCACCGGACGCAGUGAUGUGACCACGGAGCAACAGACACAUGGCAGUAGUACGAGCAGCAGCAGCAGCGGCAGUACUCCAUCCUAUGCAACUACCCAAUCAAGCAGCAGCAGCAGCAGCAGUGGAGGAGCCAGUACUCCAGGACAAGUAAGCACCACUAGCAGCGUGGCCACCACUUCAACGCAACGGGCCACCAGCAGCAGCACAAGCACGAGCACCAGUACAACCUCGACGACCACGACAACGACAACUACUCAGGCCACACCGCCUCCAGAGAUCCGGAGCACGGUUACAGAGCGGGACACCACGCCGUAUGAUGUUUAUGUUGCAGGUGGCGGCAUGGGAGGAUCCGGGCGAAAUGAUCACGAUCGCAUGCAACUGCCGGACGAACAUCAUCCACUGCCACCGCUUCCGCCACCCAUACCGCCGCAGGAUCCACCACCGUAUGGACCUUAUGGCGGAAAUACUUACAACACCAAUAUGAACAACUACCGACCGAAGGGCAAGGGCGGCAGGAUCAACUCAAUUGAAGAGGAACGAACUGCCAUGAUCAUAGGCAUAGUGGCGGGCAUACUAAUAGCAGUGGUAUUAGUUAUUCUUCUGGUUUUGUGGCUCAAGUCGAAUGGAGAUCGCGGCUAUAAGACGGAGAGCGAGAAGGCAGCCGCCUAUGGAUCGCACAAUCCGAAUGCCGCUCUACUGGGCAAUACCAGCACCAAUGGUUCGUAUCACCAGCAAAGACAGCAUCACAUGCAAGGUGGUGGUGGUGGAGCAGGACAACAGCAGCAUCAUGGCCAACAGCAGAUGCACAAUGGCCAUAAUGGAAACGGAAAUGGAGGUGGUGGCGGCGGAGGCGGCAUGAUGUCCAGCGGAAGUGGGUCCUUGGGCUACGGCAGUGAUGGGCGACCCCAGAUGGCGGGCUUGGUGCAGCCGAAGGCCAAGAAGCGCGACUCCAAGGACGUCAAGGAGUGGUAUGUGUAAGGCGGCAUGGUCGCAGGGAAUUAUCGUCAAAUUAGCAAUAAAUGCAAAUAGUGCAAAGCGAAAGUGAGCUGAAAGUGAAAGUCCCCCUAAGAUACAAACAGAAACACACACACACAUAAGCGUAUAUAAAUAUAUAUAUUUAUUUAGCAGCCUCAUAAAGUUAAUUAAAUAAAUUAGAAGCGGACACAGGCGGACACUGGGUGUACAAACGGAAACGGAAACGAACGGAAGGAUAAUAAUAU